AUGGAUGUAUCAGAAGUCUGUCCAACUGUUGAUGCAAUCAGAGCUUUCCUUGAAUACUUGGUAGAUCCAUUGCUGCAAGAAGAUCAUUCUACCAAUGAUGAUCUUCCACUAUCACAACAUGAAAAAGUUGCAAACCAGGUGCAUUCAGUCGCGUUAUUGAACAACUACUACCACAGAAAACUGAAUCAAGAGCUAGCAUUUUUGCCAUAUAGGGAAUUUUGCAAGAUCAUUGUGGAUCUAAGACCAGCAAUGUCAGCAUAUAUGAAAUUCACGUUGCUGCCUGAAUAUGCUGAACUUGUUGACGCGGAGCAGCAACUUUCAUUAGCAGAAAAAGCAAUCAUGAGUGCCUAUGAUAUAUGCUUAUAUUUAGAUGCAUCGAAAAAUGAUCCUAAUAUAGAGGGUUGGCCCAUUUCAAAAGUUGCAGUCCUUUUGGUUGAUAAUGAGAAGGAAAACUGCUUCUUGCAUUUUAAUUCCAUCCCUCAUGGAGUAUGGUCAUUGAUUGAAAAAGAUGUUGAUACAUUAGAUCAAAUUUCUGAAGUUACAAGUGAGAUCAAAUCUCCAUGCAAAAGAAGAAGAGUAAUUAUGAAGCGUUCGAAAGUCAUAUUAAAUGAAGAUCAACUCUUGCAAGUUGGAUAUUCUGCUGUUAAGGAAAUUGCGGGUGUCAAUAGUAUUGAUAUGAUGCUUUUGGGAAGUUACACUGUGCAUUCCCAGAGCAAAGAGAGGACAGCUUCUCGCUUUUAUAUAAUGAAGGGCUCACAGUCCAUCGAUGAAGGGUUUACUCAAGUUCCUAUCAAAGAUUUAAUUGAAAGGUUCGCUACAAUCGAUAUCGCUUUUCUAUGA